AUGGAUUUGGUGAAAUUUUUUUCCAUCGACAAGAUUUUCAAGGCGUAUGCCAUCGUGCGACACAACGGCGGAGUCUGGCGCAGUUUACGAAUGCUCUAUCGCAUCGACACCUUAAAGAAGGGUCGUCUGGUCGGAACGGACGAGUUCGGUAAUCGGUAUUUCGAAAAUCCAGGCUAUUUCUACGGACGUGACAGAUGGGUGAUAUACUCUAACAAGGUGUGGCUGGACUACGACGCAUCGCAGAUUCCUCCCGAAUGGCAUCUAUGGAUGCAUCACACGACCGAAACUCCGCCGAGCGAAAAGCCACCUAUAAGACGUGAUUGGAUGAUGACACACGAGGAAAAUCACAGCGGUACGCCGGAAAAGUACAUACCAUACAGUACAACCCGCACGAAAGUACUUGGCUGGGAACCUAAUCAGCAAAAGCCAGUUAGUACUUGA